AUGAGUGAUACAAAUCUAGCUAAAAUAUGUUUGCCACCCAACACUACACAAAUUUAUCCACCCAUUAAUUCCACACUUGUAGCAAUUGGAUGGGGAUCAUUGGCUCAAGGUGGUUCCUUAUCACUAACACUCCAACAAGUGACGCUUCAAGCAGUGUCCUAUUCUAGUAUCGGCUGUCAGCCUCUCGUGUAUGACACAACAAAACAAUUCUGCGCUACAGUCAACGAUAGUAGUAAAGAUACAUGUCAAGGUGACUCAGGGGGUCCUAUUAUGAUGUUCACGUCGACUCAACAGUGGAUUGUCGUUGGUAUUACGUCGUACGGGCACGGAUGUGCAGUAGCGCCAUAUGCUAGCGUCUACACACGCCUGACUUCUUACUCGGACUGGAUGAAUUCAGUGAAUGUUACAGAUUCAGUUACAAUCGUUACACCAACAACGCCAUCAACAACAACCACAUCAACAACAACAACACCAUCAACAACAACUUCUACAACAUCAACACCAUCAACCACAACAACGUUAACAACAACAACAACUACAACAUCAACAACGACAUCAACAUCAACUUCUACAACAACGGCAUCAACCACAACAACUUCUACAACAUCUACAACAACAACACCAUCAACAACAACGACAUCAACAACAACCACAACUACAACAUCAACA